GAGCUCAGAGCCGCCUGUUCCCCUAGCGACCGGCCGCGGACCACAGGCGGGUCUCUCCGGGCGGAGUCCCUCAAGUGGCCUGGCCAGGGUUGGAGCGAGACCCCAGCCGCAGGCCGGGGUGCCUUCCAGGCAGAGGAGACGGAUUCAGCGGGGCUCCAGACCAAGAUUGUUGAAAACCAGACAUACGAUGAGCGCCUAGAGAUUAACGACUCCGAAGACGUGGCAAGUAUUUAUACUCCAACCCCAGGAUACAGAGGACUUGCUCGUUCUGCCCAUCUUCCAAACAAGACUAUGGCUGAUAACAGCAGUGAUGAGUAUGAAGAGGAAAAUAACAAGGAGAAGAAGAAGACCUUGCAGCUGACGCCUCAACAAGGCUUUAGUGAAAAUGACGAUGAUGAUGAUGACUCAUCGGAAACGGAUUCGGAUGAAGAUGAUGAUGAUGAAGAGCACGGAGCCCCACUAGAAGGGGCCUAUGAUCCUGCCGAUUAUGAGCAUUUGCCAGUCUCUGCUGAGGUUAAAGAACUCUUCCAAUAUAUAAGUAGGUAUACACCUCAGUUGAUUGACCUGGACCACAAACUGAAACCUUUCAUUCCUGAUUUUAUCCCAGCUGUUGGGGAUAUUGAUGCAUUCUUAAAGGUCCCACGUCCUGAUGGGAAGCCUGACAACCUUGGCCUCUUGGUAUUAGAUGAGCCUUCUACAAAGCAGUCAGACCCUACAGUACUCUCACUCUGGUUAACAGAGAAUUCCAAACAGCACAACAUCACACAACACAUGAAAGUAAAGAGCCUGGAAGAUGCAGAAAAGAAUCCCAAAGCCAUUGACACAUGGAUUGAGAGCAUCUCUGAGUUGCAUCGUUCUAAGCCCCCUGCAACUGUACACUAUACCAGACCCAUGCCUGAUAUUGACACGCUGAUGCAGGAAUGGUCCCCAGAGUUUGAGGAGCUUUUGGGCAAGGUGAGCCUGCCCACGGCCGAGAUCGACUGUAGCCUGGCGGUGUACAUCGACAUGAUCUGCGCCAUCCUAGACAUUCCUAUCUACAAGAGUCGGAUCCAGUCUCUCCACCUGCUCUUUUCCCUCUACUCCGAAUUCAAGAACUCGCAGCAUUUUAAAGCUCUAGCUGAAGGCAAGAAAGCAUUCACCCCUCCGUCCAAGCCCACCUCCCAAGCUGGAGACGCAGAGACAAUAACCUUCAGCUGAGGCACCUCCCGCGCACUUCGUCUCAAGGCCGAGCCGCUCCUGGCCUGUGUCAUCUGGACUCGGGCAGUGUAUGCCCUGCCACCCUUCCUGCCAGGAAGCCCUGCACACUCGCUUCCUUCCUAUGGGAGCUUGUACCUCUACCACCCGGGGGAUUUGAUCAGCAAACUGGAAUUUCUGGGACCCUAGGAUGCUCAGGUUAGAAGAAAAGUUAAAAGAUGUUCUUACAGCAAUGGAAUUAUUUUCUUUCAUUCUUAAGUGAGUUGGCAAAGAUUUUACAAAUAAAAUGCUCUUAUCUUUCAGGUUA